CCCUUGCCGCACUUCGUUGCUUUCCCCCAUUCAGCAAGUUGCAUCUUUCCACAAUAUUCCAGAGGAACCAAUUCAUCGAUCUGUUAUGUCGGCGAAAAGAUCUCCAAAGGCUGUCACCAGCCCUGAAGAGAAAGAAACAACUACCAGACUUCUUCCUAAUGGUUUUAAAGCAUGUGUCGUCUCCAAAUCAUCCGUUGCCGUGCCUUUGCCACCACCUGAAGACACCUCAUCCACUGUGAGCAGUAGUAGUUUAGCUGACGGAGAAAAUGAAAGAGGGAACUGGGGACGUCAAUUAGACUUCUUCCUUUCAUGUGUAGGCUAUGCCGUGGGGCUUGGAAAUAUUUGGAGGUUCCCUUAUUUAUGUUAUCAGAGUGGAGGAGGUGCCUUUUUAGUUCCUUACCUGCUCUUCUUGGUUGUUUGCGGAAUGCCAUUAUUUUUCAUGGAAAUGAGUUUUGGUCAAUUUGCUAGUCUUGGCCCCAUUACAAUUUGGAAAAUAUGUCCUCUCUUUAAAGGCCUAGGCUACGGAAUGGUAAUAAUAUCUGGAAUUGUUUGCAUCUACUAUAAUGUAAUAAUAGCUUGGACCCUCUAUUACAUCUAUCAUUCCUAUGAUGUUGUUUGGGCUACCUGUGAUAACUGGUGGAAUACAGCCGAUUGUGUCAAACAAAGUUCUGCUGAAUUUUACCCACAAAACACUUCCCUGCUGACUAAUUCAAGCUCUUCAAAUUUUGAAUCAGUAGGCAACAAUAGCGUAGUAGAUGUUGAUAUUAAAACAAUAUCAAAUGCUACUAGGAAAACAUCUAGUGAAGAAUUUUGGCUAUAUAAUGUACUCCACCAAAGUGCUGGAAUUGAUGAACUUGGCGAAAUUCAAUGGCCUUUAGCUUUAACCUUAUUUAUUGCAUGGUUUGUUGUGUUUCUUUGUCUUCAAAAGGGAAUAAAGUCUUCUGGAAAGGUUGUCUACGUCUCGGCUACUUUUCCAUAUGUAGUGCUUGUAUGCUUAUUAAUACGUGGCGUUACAUUACCGGGAGCUUGGAAUGGCAUUGUGUUUUAUCUCUCGCCAAGAUGGGAACUGCUUCUGUCUUUUAAGGUAUGGGGUGAUGCUGCAACUCAGAUAUUUUAUUCAGUUGGUGCUGCAUGGGGUGCUGUUCUUACGAUGGCUAGUUACAAUAAAUUUAGUAACAAUGUUUACAGGGAUGCUAUGCUCAUACCCAUAAUUAACUGCGCUACGAGUAUAUUUGCUGGAUUUGUCGUAUUUUCCAUUAUAGGAUUUAUGGCUUAUGAAACUGGAAAUAGUAUUGAAGAAGUGGUCUCUGAAGGUCCUGGUUUGGCCUUUGUGGUUUAUCCAGAGGCAGUUUCCAGAUUGCCUCUGUCGCCCUUAUGGGCUUUUCUUUUUUUCAUAAUGCUUUUUGCCAUCGGUCUCGAUAGUCAGUUUGGAAUGUUCGAGACCGCCAUAAGCGCAUUUGUUGACGAAUUUCCGACCGUCUUACAGAAGAGAAAACCCUUAUUUACUGCAGUUUUAUGUUUCGUUAUGUUUCUCUUGGGAUUACCCUGUGUUACUGAGGGUGGAAUGUAUGUACUUCAGUUGAUGGAUUGGUAUAGUGCCGCAUUUUCACUUAUGAUUAUUUCUCUUUUGGAACUGAUUUGCAUAUCUUGGAUCUAUGGUAUUGAUCGAUUUUUCAUGGAUAUCUCACUGAUGAUCAAACGACCCCCCUCUCUUUGGUGGAAGUUAUGUUGGUGUUACAUAACUCCGGGUACUAUUGUAUGCCUCCUUACUUUUAUUAUAAUAAAUCAUGAAGCAGUAUCCUAUGAUGAUUACAAGUAUCCCAAAUGGUCUAUUGUCUGUGGGUGGAUGAUUGCUAUGUGUUCCAUCGUGCCUAUUCCAAUUCUUGCUGUUGUUCAAUUAUUAAAAGCAGAAGGGAGUUUUAAAGAAAGACUUAUUUCAUGCCUGCAGCCAACUGAAAAAUGGGGACCAGCUUUGGAAGAACACAGGAUCUUGUAUAAGAAGAGUCUGAGUUUAGUUUCCAGUCGUUUCCCUCAAAAAAGAGAACUCAUUGCCAACCAAAAUGCAAGCACAGAUCAAAGAAAUAUCGAUGGUGUAUGCAUGGUUCAAACGGAAGAUGCACUGUUAACAGCAGAAAGCUGUAUCUAAAUACAGAAAGUUGUCGUUUUUGAAGAAAUGAAUAAAUUAGCUUUCCUGAGAAGAAAGCUAAAAUAGGAUUUUAAGAAGAGAAUCUUAAGCAAAAAGUUCUCUUCAUAAUCACGAUGCAAAUGAAGAUUCAACUCGUGUCUGCUGCACCAAAAAUUUAUGCAGUGCAUAGAAAGGUAUUGCCUGAUAAUCAAACUUCACGAAGAAAUGAUUGCUCAAACAAUGGAGCAUAUUUUUCGGAAACGUGUUCUUUUUUUUCUUUGACAGGCACAUUUUGUGUGGCCUUCCAUUUUUAUAAUGGAGGACCGUAAAGAAGUAUUUUGGUUUGGGUUUAGUGAUUUUAGUAAAUUUAUAACAGUGAAAAAAAAAACGGUAUUUAAUAUCACAUAGUAAACUGUUAUUAUAUGGUGGAUAAACUUAGGAUUUUAGUUAAUUUUUUUCUAUUUUUAUUUGUAAUGAAUUAAACAAUCAAUUUUAUGAACAAUUUUAUAAUCUGUUUAAUUUUCAUGCAUUGUGUGUUUGCUCUUUGGUAAGGUAAAAAAUUAAGAAGCUCUUAAAUAGUUUGGUUGUGAAAUAAAUUUUGAUUUGAAUUUUGGA